CGGUGGAAAGAGGCCGAAAAGCUAAAGUCAUCGGUGUUGAGGACAGGCAAGAAGGUGGUUGGAGAAGAGCAUCCUCGCGCGUCGACAAGCACGGCCAAUUUUGCUGCGACUUUCAAGUCUCAACGUCGCAUUAUGAUGGCGUCUUGGAGAAUCGCCCAGAAACUUCUCUUGACAGGACUUUGCAAUAGGAAAGAGCGACUGUAG